UCAGUUACAUUGAACGAGCGAGGUUUAAACUGGUUUAAACGCCACACGCGCCACGCUGAACAUCAGUCAUUAUAUCACAGCAGUUGUGCUGUGCACAAGGCCUUUUUGCGAAGCAGUCCAGCUCAACAGACGGCAUUUUUAGACAAGCGUUCGCCCGUUGUCAAGCUGUGCCAUGGCAUCCCCCAUACGAACGACUAGCGCCGAGAACUCGGACGUCAGCACCUUCAUGCGGCCAAAGAACCGUUCAAGCAGCUCUUCUAACACAAUUGUUCGGGAUCUGCCAACACCAAAAUCCCUCCUGAGCAAAGGCAGGAAGCAAGCCCUGUCGGAUGUUGCCAACAGUUCAGCCAAGAUUUCUGGAACUCGAGUCUAUGGAAGUGCUUCAGGUGGCAACAUUGACUGCUUCCAUCCAGUAAUUAAGAAUGUGUCAUCAAAUGGGUCCAUUUCCAACGAAAUGCUGGAGUCUCGAAAGACAAUCGAGGCUCGAAGCGCAAAGGCAAAGACCUGUCUCAAGGUUGAUUCAAAUCGGGAACAGCCUGCCAAAGUUGAAAGACUGUCGUCUGAAGUGGAGACUAUGUCGUUGUAUAACGACUACGCUGAUGACUACGACAUCCUUCCCAAAGAAGACCGUCUGUCGGCGCACAUGCUGCUCAAUUUACGGGGUCACUGUAGGGCAUCCAACGCCCGCACGGGGUCUGACGUCGUGCAGGAAGGGGACAUGUUCUCUCCACCCCCAUCCCCUCCUGGAGUGGAAAGCUUUGUAACAGGUCUUCCCAAUGCAGCACCCUCUUCUCCAGACUGGAAUGAAUAUCUGGUUCCCGCUCUGGAGGAUGUUGUUGAAGAGGAGGAAGGUGACUCCGAGAUUGAAAGCAUGUUCCCUCAAGUUGACGAUGACUACUUGGACAUCCUGCCAAAGGAAGAGAGACUAACCGAAAAGGACAUGAAAGUCCUGCGAAGCUUGCGAGGGCAUCUAGCAUGUCCACCACCUUCCAAUGUCUCCCUCACACCACCUGUCUGUUUUCCCAUCCUCUACGUCACUCCUCCGUGCUACGAGGAAUUCAUGUUUGACCUGGAGACACUAGAAGAGCCAUUGGAGCCAGUGCCAUUAGAUUGAAGUCUGUCCAUCGUGUAUAUUUCGACCCCUCGCAAUCCCGUGAGAUUUUACAAUAAAGGUUUUUGAGACUCCAA